UAUUUCCUCUCCCUCUCAAUUUUACCCGCGCCCACACUCACAGAGCUCUCAGUCGUGGUCAGCCGUCGACCGCCAUGUGAAAACCUCCUACGAAUCAGACAAAAAGCUAGUAACCGCCGCUCCAUCCUUCCAACCAGGAAUCCGAACAAAAAUCAGUAUUAUUGAUGGAAAGACAACAAAGAAUCAUUAAAAGCAGCAGAGGAAUAAGGACAGACGAGGAGGGAUUGAAUUUAUCUAUCUUGUUGUACAGUGAAGGUGGCAACCACUGGUGCCGAACCCUCACGCCAUAGCCACCACGUGUCUCCCCAAAUAUCCCUUUGACAUGGGAUAAUAAUACUACAACCAUUUUUUCCCUCCACUACUGCCUCAUCCCAUCCCUAUCCACACACAUUCACACGUACUUUGUGUGUCAGCAUUUCGUUGUUAGUCUUCCUCGAACGACGUUCCAAGAAUUACACGAUAACGUGCUCUGCUUACUAUAUAUACGCAGGCAUAAAUAAUAUAUGCACCGGCCCUCUGAAUUUUCUUGGAGUUUUAAAUAUAAUAGCUUCGCCUUUAGUCAAAGCAACAUAUAUAUACGUAUAUAUUUUGUAAAGUAGGGUGGUGGUUUGACGAUGGAUCACGCGGCGGAGGCUCAUCGGACGGAUUUGAUGACCAUAACUAGGUAUGUGUUGAAUGAGCAGUCAAAGCAUCCGGAGUCGCGCGGGGAUUUCACCAUCUUGCUCAAUCAUAUUGUUCUUGGCUGCAAGUUCGUUUGCUCUGCUGUUAACAAGGCUGGUUUAGCCAAACUCAUCGGUCUUGCUGGAGAGACGAAUGUGCAGGGUGAAGAACAGAAGAAACUAGAUGUUCUCUCAAAUGAAGUGUUCAUCAAGGCAUUAGUCAGCAGUGGUCGAACUUGCAUCCUCGUCUCUGAAGAGGAUGAAGAGGCAACAUUCGUGGAACCCUCUAAGCGUGGAAGGUACUGUGUUGUGUUCGAUCCAUUGGAUGGAUCGUCCAAUAUCGACUGUGGUGUUUCUAUUGGAACUAUCUUUGGGAUCUACAUGAUCAAAGAGGGAGGUGAACCAAAACUAGAAGACGUGUUGCAGCCCGGGAAGAAUAUGCUAGCUGCUGGCUAUUGCAUGUAUGGAAGUUCUUGCACGCUUGUGCUGAGUACUGGAGCUGGAGUUAAUGGAUUCACACUCGAUCCAUCUCUUGGAGAAUUCAUAUUGACUCAUCCAGAUAUUAAGAUUCCAAAGAAAGGAAAAAUAUAUUCUGUUAAUGAAGGAAAUGCCAAGAACUGGGAUGGUCCAACAGCAAAGUAUGUGGAAAAAUGCAAGUUCCCCAAAGAUGGGUCACCAGCAAAAUCUCUAAGAUACAUUGGAAGUAUGGUAGCUGAUGUCCAUCGCACGUUACUUUAUGGAGGCAUCUUUCUGUACCCAGCUGACAAGAAAAGCCCAAAUGGAAAACUGAGGGUGCUGUAUGAAGUCUUUCCUAUGUCGUUUCUGAUGGAACAAGCGGGAGGACAGGCAUUUACGGGGAAGCAGAGGGCACUCGAUUUGGUCCCAAAGAAGAUACACGAGCGUUCUCCAAUAUUCCUCGGUAGCUACGAUGAUGUCGAGGAGAUCAAAGCAUUGUACGCUGCUGAAGAGCCAAAAUAAUAAACUUGUAGAUUUCAUUUCCGGCUUGCAGCUACUCAUUGCUGAUAUGUAAUAAGACAUAAUAUUCUUCAGAGUACAGUUUUCAGUUGGAAAGUUAUCCGCUGUUCUCUGCCAACACCUGAAUCUGGUUGAACAAUGAUGAUGUUCUGAUACGGAAAACAAUUAAAUCUCAUUUUCUUUUGUA